GGUUCGUCCGUGGUCUUGCGCAGAGUGCGUCUCGCGGGCCUUUCCGUUCGGCACGUUCGCGCAGGCGGCGGGAAUCUCUUCAGCGGGUAGGCCCCGUCGCGGUGGUGGUGGUAGUUUUCAAGAGUCGGACCGAGCGCGAUGUCGGGGGCUACGGGCGGCGCGGCGGGCUCGGCCCGAAAGCGGUUGCUGAAGGAGGAGGACAUGACCAAGGUGGAGUUCGAGACCAGCGAGGAGGUGGACGUCACCCCCACCUUCGACACCAUGGGCCUGCGCGAGGACCUGCUGCGCGGCAUCUACGCCUACGGCUUUGAGAAACCUUCAGCCAUCCAGCAGAGAGCAAUCAAACAGAUCAUUAAAGGAAGAGAUGUGAUUGCACAAUCACAGUCUGGAACAGGCAAAACAGCAACAUUUUCCAUCUCCGUUCUACAGUGUCUGGAUAUCCAGGUUCGUGAAACCCAGGCAUUGAUCUUGGCACCUACUAGAGAAUUGGCAGUACAGAUUCAGAAGGGGCUUCUUGCGCUUGGUGACUAUAUGAACGUCCAAUGUCAUGCAUGUAUUGGGGGGACCAACGUUGGUGAAGACAUCAGGAAGUUGGAUUAUGGACAGCAUGUUGUUGCUGGCACACCAGGGCGUGUAUUUGAUAUGAUUCGUCGUAGAAGUCUGAGGACUCGUGCGAUCAAAAUGUUGGUUUUGGAUGAAGCUGAUGAGAUGCUCAAUAAAGGUUUUAAAGAACAGAUCUAUGACGUGUACAGAUACCUUCCCCCAGCAACACAGGUGGUUCUGAUCAGUGCUACCUUGCCACAUGAGAUCUUGGAGAUGACCAACAAAUUUAUGACUGAUCCCAUCCGCAUUCUGGUGAAACGUGAUGAGUUGACUCUAGAAGGAAUCAAACAGUUCUUCGUGGCAGUGGAGAGAGAAGAAUGGAAAUUUGAUACUUUGUGUGACCUAUACGACACACUCACUAUCACACAGGCAGUAAUUUUCUGUAAUACCAAGAGGAAGGUUGACUGGCUGACUGAGAAGAUGAGAGAAGCCAACUUCACUGUUUCAUCAAUGCAUGGUGACAUGCCCCAGAAGGAGAGGGAAUCUAUCAUGAAAGAGUUCAGAUCUGGUGCAAGCCGAGUUCUUAUUUCUACAGACGUUUGGGCCAGAGGCCUAGAUGUACCUCAAGUCUCCCUGAUCAUUAAUUAUGACUUGCCCAACAACAGAGAAUUGUAUAUACACAGGAUUGGUAGAUCAGGCCGCUAUGGACGGAAAGGUGUUGCCAUCAACUUUGUAAAGAAUGAUGACAUACGUAUUCUGCGAGACAUUGAACAGUACUAUUCUACCCAAAUUGAUGAAAUGCCUAUGAAUGUUGCUGACCUGAUUUGAAGAAACAAGAUGGGCUGAAGAGAGUGUCUCCUCUUAGCUGUGAUUUGUUACUCAACAGCACCCAAGAGCUGCUUUUAACUCUACUUCUUACUGAUACUUGUCUUUUAAAGAACCAUAUCAGUGUAAUUCCAAAAUGGUUAGAAGUUUAUCUGCUUCAAUCUAGGCCCCUACUGCUGAAUAUCAUACUUGAAAGAUCAGAGUUGGUGAAAAGUAAUAUUGGAAGCAGCUGAGAGUCCUUGGUAGGUUUUUUUUUAAAGUCAUUGUGGGAUCUCCUAAAAAUAAAAAAACAUUGUUUUAAUUUUUUUUAUGUAAGCUGUAAAGUAGCAUCUCUGUAAAUAAGGUGUUCAUUGUCAUCCUACCUGUUCUUUUUUCCUGAUUAAACAAUGAAGUUUUCAUAUAAAUUCCUUAUCUAUUCACUAAUUCUUUGAUGGAAAUAAAGGUUAUUUUUAACAAGUGUGGUACAUCCCAUCUCAAAC